AUGAACAAAAAUCACACAUACUAUGAUUAUACGAAAGAGAAUGCGCCACGCAGCGCCAAUGUUAUGAUGCCUGGAUCCACAUAUAAUAAGACAGACAUGGGAGUGUCGUCUGUACCGACGCCGGCGUCGCAGCAGCCGCUUCUGCGUCGCUUACAAGCGAACCAGCCUACAAGUUCACCACCAAAAACAGGCACCAACCCUAAAAUUGCGGCGCAUCCCGACGCGUUGGGCAUGUCGCCGAGCCCUACGAAGACGCAUGCGGCUGCGUCAGCCGCCGCGGGCAUAACACGCACAUCGAUCCGGAGCCUGAAUCCGGCUGAUACACUACAGGCGUGGGAGAAAGAGACGCUUCAGAUGCCUGAAGUUCAGCGUAAAGCCACACUUGCCCAAAUGUACUUCCUAAACCAUUACUUUGACUCGCUUCGGUACUUAUCAGAGCGCCGUGCGCGCCUUGCUGACUUUGAAGUAAGGAUGAAGGAGCGUGGCUGGGCUGGAUCUUCACCUUUGGCAUCAUCGUCUUCAGCAUCACUUGCCGGAGAUCUGCUGUCUGACUCCAUGCAGUCUAUGUCUUUGAGUAAGCCACAGUCAUCAGCAACGAAUGUGCGCGCGACCCCUGAGUAUGAGAAAGAGCGUGCCAAGCUUAUGGCUUACGAGCGAGAGCUGCUGCAUAAACGACGUACCAAGCUGCGUCUUCAGCAGUUCCAUAUUGUGACGCAAGUAGGUCAAGGCGGUUAUGGCGAAGUCUUUCUUGCACGCAAGCGCGACACAGGCGAGCUGUGCGCUCUCAAACGACUGCGGAAACGUGUGCUGAUAAAGAUGGAUGAGGUCCGGCAUGUUUUGACGGAGCGUGAUAUCCUUACAGCUACGCGUUCGCCAUGGCUUGUGCGACUGUUGUAUGCAUUUCAGGACGAGUCGCAUGUGUAUUUGGCCAUGGAGUAUGUGCCGGGUGGUGACUUCCGUACGCUGCUGAACAACAGUGGUGUGCUACGGGAAGAACAUGCACGCUUCUAUAUUUCAGAGAUGUUUGUGUCGGUAAAUGAGCUCCACAAACUUGGAUACAUCCACCGCGACUUGAAACCAGAAAACUUUCUGAUCGACGCGACGGGCCACAUCAAGCUUACAGACUUUGGUUUGGCGGCAGGAGCGAUCAAUCCUGGACGCAUCGAUUCGAUGAAGCGCCGUCUUGACCAGGUAAAAGACACCGAUGUUGUGUACCGUACGCCUGCUGAGCGGAGCUCUCUGUACCAGAUGAUGCGCACACAGAAUGUCAAGUACGCUGACUCCGUCGUGGGCUCGCCAGACUACAUGGCGCCUGAGGUACUUCGUGGGCGCGAAUAUGGCACAAGCGUUGAUUACUGGAGUCUGGGAUGCAUUUUGUACGAGUUUCUAUGCGGCUUCCCGCCGUUUAGCGGCGCACAUCCUGACGAGACGUGGACAAAUCUGAAGAACUGGCCAAAAGCACUUCAACGUCCCGUGUACGAGAAGCCAGAGGAUCUACAGUUCAAUUUGACUGACGUGGCUUGGGACAUCAUUGUGCGUCUGAUUAACUCGCCUGAAAGGCGCUACAACUCGCUCUCAGAAGUCCAGUCGCAUCCGUUUUUCCGCUAUGUGGACUUGAUGCGCAUGCGCGAAGUGGCUGCACCAUUUGUACCACAGCUAGAGAACGAGCUCGACACAGGCUACUUUGACAACUUUGAUGACCCCGCCGACAUGGCUAAAUACAAAGAAGUGCAAGAGAAGCAGCGACACGUUGAGGCUAUGGAGGCGAAGAAUGGGUUGUCGGAUGGUGGACGUGCGAUGUGGGUCGGCUUUACCUUUGGCAAGAAUUGGGGCAAGAGGACCCCAUCUUCACAAGUGCCAGUGCCGGAUCGCGAGGGUAGCAAACUCUCGAUGAUGUUUUAA